AUGACAUUCGAUGCUGAAGAUAUCGAAGAAGAUAUGGAGGACCACAACGAUCCUUUAGUUCUCACGUUGCCAGUAGAAGGAUGCAACGUCAAGAAGAUUUUGAUUGACGGAGGGAGUUCAGUCAACGUUCUGUUUUAUGAUAAGUUCAAACGAAUGGAACUGAAUGAUGAGCAACUGAUGUCUUCUUACUAUACCAUCUAUGGAUUCAACGGCGCACCUACGAAGCCUCUAGGAUACAUUGUGUUAGAAGUAAAGGCAGGCCCGAUGAAGAUCAAAACCCGAUUCAGUGUGGUAGACGCUCUUUCUCCCUACAACGCCAUCAUCAGUCGAAGAUGGGUACAUAAACUCAAAGGAGUAGAAGCAACAUAUCACCAAUACCUUAGAUUCCCAACACCCGGAGGGGUAAUGGAAAUUAAGGGAGAUCAGGUCACCGCCCGAGAAUUCCAAGCUCUACAAAACCAACUCAAUAAUGAUCAAGAUGAGCAGCGGAAGGCCCGCAGAAACAAAAACAAGGCAACCUCUAAGGAUAAGGCAAUUGACCUUUAUCUCGAAUAA